CAAAGCUCGGCAGUGCGCGGCCGCCCGCCCGCCGUACGUGCGCACACGCGUUGGGCGGCGCUAACGAUCAAUUAAAAUAUUCACUGAUUUUAAUAAUAUUCAUACACCCGAUGUCCAUUUAAAUAUAAUGCGAUACUUUAAGAAUUAAAAUAUUAAUUGAAACAGUUAUUUAUGUGAACAAAACAAAAGUAUGAUAAAAGCUUUAAAAUAGUUUAACUGAAGCGUGCGAGUGAAAGUGUAGUGUGUAGUGAUAGUGAUAUAAACGUAUAUAAAGUGUUAUGUGAUAACCCUGUGCAUACCCAAAUAUUUAUAGACAUUCAAAUGAUGCACCUAUCAAUAGAAACCACGAUUGUAUCAAAAUGCAUUCCGUAAUAAGUUGUCGUGCCGCGCCACCGGACGAUGCACGUGUUUUUAUUUUCAUUUAUAAAUAGUCCAGACAUAUACCGACAUUCUGCGGCUGCACUAUGACGUCACUAAAAGAGAACAGUGACGUCACUGACGCCGGUAACGUGGAAGAAGAGAAGAGUAGUAAAGCUGAACGAAAAGAACCGAAAGAGUUGGCCGAGCUGCCGCCAAGUGGCACCUCACUUCAUAAAAGACGUAGAGGGGAGCCACCAGCUUCUCUUUCCGUCAAAUCUCCUCAAAAUUCUGAUCCUGAAGGUUCUUCUCCCUGCACAGCAGGUCCAUCCCCUCCAGAAGAAUAUUGGUCCCCUAACGAUGUUGAACUGGCAGAUCCAGAAACAAUAUGCGAGAAUAUGCUGCAAAGGUUACGAGAUCAGAAUGAUGCCAUUUCCAAGCGAGGCAAGGAAGUGGCGCAAAGAACGAAAGACACGAUUGAAGCUCUGGAUCAGUUGGAAAAGCUACUAGAACUGCUUGACCAGCUAGUGACUUUAAAAGAAAAUAAUACUCGUCUCUUGAAGAGGUUGAAGGACGUGAACCACUUGAAGAGGCUCCACAGUGCCCAUAAAAGGAUAGACAGUGAAAACGAAAAGUUAAGAUCUGAAAGCAAGGAGUUGGAACUGAUAAACGAAGCGUUGGAUGCUGAGUUUGAGAGUGAAUAUGGCCAACUGCUUUUUGACUCAGUCAUGGGCAACAGGAGCAUGAAAAGGUCAGGGUCUAAAUGGAAAGGUCAUGCAAGGUUCGGUGGGUCGUUACUAAGGAAGCAAAGAUCCAGAUCUGCAGGAGGGGAUGACAGUGAUGUAGCUCCUGGCACUCCUCUGAGAAGGAGAUCUGAAGGCAUUUUUAUGAAAGAAGUAGAGAAGUCUAAAGUUUCAAAAUGGACAAGAGUUAAAGCUGCAUUUAGAUGGGAAAAAGCCCAAUGGCCCCAAUCAGCCAUGGGUGGUGCUGCAGGCGCUGUGGCUGCUGGAGCCAUGGUGGGAGCUGUGGCCUUGGCAGGAUCCUCUCCAUCAUCAGCCACUCUUGCCAACCCUGAGCCCCGAGACUCCGCCAGUUUGACUCCUGGAAGCGCGCUGUCCCUGACUCCUAACUCUUCGUGUGAAGAGCUGAGGGUUGAUUCUGGUAUGCGCAAGAGUGUGCGGGAGGAUGGCGACAACACAUUCCUGCAAGCUCCUACGCAGGAUGACAGUUCCACAUCACCGUCUCCGAACAAACUCCACAAGACAACCUGGAGUAAGAUGAAGGAUAUCAUCCAGCAAACUCGCAAGGAAUCCGUGAAGAAGAAGACCACAUCAAAUAGAGGAUCCAAGAGUUCUCCUGACGUGGUGCCCAAGAGACGAAGGUCUCUUAGUGAUGGAGGAGACAGUGAUGCACCUCCAGCUCUGACCCUGACUAUCCCGUCUUCCGAAGAACUGGAAUCCGAACCCUCCCACCCUGUUCUUCGCAAGCAGCGAUCCUUGGAGCUGGGAGCCAGACCUCCUCAGCAUCGCCCUCCCCGGGCCUCCAAGUGGACUAAAGUCAAGAGGGCUUUUCUGACGUCAGCGUCAGCCUCUGUCCCGUCCAGUCCCAACAGACACUCUGCGUUCUUCACUGAUGCAGACGAGCCUCCGGAUUACCUGAUGUUAAGCAAUCAGCGCCGCCCAUCGACACCCGUAACAACGGAGGAAUACGAGUGCGUUACCGACCUCUAG